AUGGAUGUCAAGAAUGCGUUCUUCAAUGGUGAUCUUCAUGAGGAAGUAUACAUGUCUCCUCCCCCUGGUCGGAUUAUUCUCUCCUUAUAUCUCGAUGACAUGAUUAUUACGGGUGAUGAUCAUGAUGGGAGUUUGGUUUACCUGACUGUCACUAGACCGGAUAUUGCUCAUGCCGUUCAUGUGGUUAGCCAGUUUGUUACUACUCAUACUAUUGUUCAUUGGGCAGUUGUUCUUUGUAUUUUGAGAUAUCUGUAUGGUACUCAGUUCUGCACUCUUUUGUUUCCAUCUACAUCAUCUCUUGAGUAUUUGACGACAACGAUGGAAAUUGGGAUAGUGCUAUUUAUGAUCGUAAUUCCACUAUUGGGUAUUGUGUUUUUUCUUGGAGAUUCAUUAAUAUCAUGGAAAAACAAGAAACAAGAUGUUGUCUCUCAAUCUUCUACAUAA